UAUAAGUGUAUUAGUGUAUUACCCGUAUGGACGGGACGUAUCUAAAUAAAACAUAUUUAAUAAAUAAUAAUAAAUAUCAAACAACAUUGUAUUGAGAAUAAAAUUUAAAACCUCGACUACCUACCUAAGUAUAUAAUUUAAUAAUAUUAUUAAUGUAUUAAUGACCGCAUUCGUAUAAACUUUAACAAUGUUGAAGUUGAAUAAACACAAAAAUAAUAUAAAAAAACCUUAUCGCGAUAAUGUUCGGCUACCAUUACGUAUGGUGAUAUAUAAAACUGUAUCUCGUGAAGAAUUAACUCAGUAUUCAAAACGAGAUACAAACCUAGCACAGAAUCGGUACAUAAAAUAUGCAGACGUUGAUGAUGAAAUGUAUACAGUCAAGAAUGUUCAAAAUAACAAUAAUUUUGUGCAGACAAAUAUAAAUUUUGAUUCUGCUAAAUCAUGUUCAGUCCAUGAUAUGUUUAAUAAGCCUAUUAAAAAUAAAGUAAAUUUACAGUUUGAAAAUGUGAUUUCCAAAAACCACUCAUUAAAAUUGGUUGAAAAAAAAAUCAUUCAAGAAAUUAAUGUAUACAAUGCAGUAGACCUUUUAAAAAUCAAUAAACAUGAAUUAUAUCACCAAACUAAAUUUGAAAUGAAUCAAGUUUUAUUUGGUUUAGAUGAAAAAAUUUCAGAAGACGUAGAACACAAUAUCAAAACAGAAUGAUGAUUUUAAUACACUGGAAGAAGAAAAUACUAGUAUUACAUCUACAUUACAACAUCAACAAUUCUUCAAUACUAAGCACUUAAUGAAUGGAUUGCAUUUACUUGGGAUUUUUAAUAGAAGUGAUCUUCAGGCAACAAAAAACAUAAAUUAAAAAAAUACAUAAUAUAUUUACAACAAUGUGUUAAAAAAAAACAAAAGUUUAACAUGUCACAAAAAUGAAUCAUCAAAUGAUUAAUUUGAAGAUUAAAAUGUUUUAGAAUCUGUAAAUUGUAUACCUAUAAUCUAAAUUAGCUGAUAUAUUUAUGUAAUAGGCACCUGCCACCUACCUAUAGACCUAUAA